AGGGGGCAGCAAACCUUUAAAAAGUUUAGUUUAGUUUAGUUAUUUCCUUUAACAAAAGUUUUUUGUGUUAUUAACGAACUUUUCUAGAAAAACAACUUUUUUCAGAGAGAUGGAAUUUGUAAAUAAAAUAAAUAACUUUUCAAAUAGCCCUAAUAAAAUAUAUUAUGCAUUUUAUAUUAGUAAUAUGCUUUAUCCAAUGAAAUGGUAGCUUAUGAACAUUUUGAUUUUAAUUUAAUCAAAUUUUAAUAGUGAUAAUACGACCGCUUAUGUUUAUUUCAAGGUAUAAAUCCAAUAAUAUUAAUACAACUCUAUUAAAAUUGUAAAAUCCACAUCAUCAUAAAAAUGCAAAUCAGUGUUGUGUCAACUCAAAGAUUUUAAAGGAUGAACCAAGACCUGAAAUGGACAUAUCAGAUAAAGCCAUCAAAAAGGUACAUAACGUUUUGAAUAAGUGGUACCUUUUCUAAACGUACACUUUUGUACCUAAAAGAACUGCUAAGGUACACUGUGGUAUCUUACAGGUAUAUAUUUGUACCUAAGUGAUACAUAUUUGGACAUGUUGAAAAGGUACUGUCCCAAGUACAACUUAUACAGUGUAGUAUUGGUCUAACUUCAGGAACAGAGCUGAGUUGGAAAAUUGAGGAUUAAAAUGCAAUGUAUUAACUGACCCUAGUUUUAUAUUUAUUAAUAUUAAGUCAUACUGGGAGGUUCCUGCUUGUGGAAUUAAAUAGGAGCGUUGGGCUUUUCCGUAGUCUGUGUUUGCAAUGUGUUACUGGGCAGUGUGUGGUUGCAGUUGGACCUUCAGGACCAGGAUUUUCAAUUGACAUCGGAUUGACCGGACAGCAGAGUACGGAAACUAACAUCACCAGCUAUUCAAGAUGUACAUGAACUACAGACCCAUCAUUGGUAUUUUAGCCCAAGAAAACUGGGAAGGUGACCCUCAGGCGCAGGGAUCUUCUUAUAUCCAAGCAUCAUAUGUGAAACAUCUGGAGUCAGCUGGUGCCAGGGUUGUGCCAAUCCACAUAAAUCAAACAAAGGAGGAAUAUGUGAAACUCUUCUACUCGAUAAACGGUUUGUUGCUGCCUGGUGGGAACGCAGACAUCGAGAAGUCUCAGUUUGCAAGAACGGCGAAGAUUUUCUAUGACCUUGCAAUUAAAGCGAAUGAUGCUUCAGAUUAUUUUCCGAUCUGGGGAACCUGUCAGGGUUUGCAGCAGCUCACAGUCCUGACCAGCAACAAGAACUUGCUGACACUGACCGACACCAAAGCCGUCACGUUACCUCUGAUCUUCAGUCCAGGAUCACAAAACAGCAGGAUGUUCAAAAGGUUUCCAAAAGAUCUCCUUCAGUCUCUAGCAGAAGAAAACAUCACGUCUAAUUUCCAUAGUUGGGGUUUGUCACUACAGAAUUACAGCUGCAAUGCCAAACUAAAGCGUUUCUAUAGAGUCUUAACCACCAAUACAGACGGCAAGACGGAGUUCAUUUCUACAAUGGAGGCGUAUCGCUAUCCAUUUUAUGCUGUACAGUGGCAUCCAGAGAAAAGUCCAUUUGAGUGGAUUGAGAAAGCCGGUAUGAUUCACACGCUCUCGGCCAUCAAAACCGCUUUCUACACCGCACACUUCUUCGUCUCUGAAGCCAUGAAAAACCAUCAUCGCUUUCUUUCGCAAAUCCAAGAAGAAAAAGCUCUUAUUAACAACUAUCAGCCGGUCUUUAAUGGCCUAAAUAGCAUUUUCAUGCAGAAUUACUACUUUGAAUGAUAAGUGUUAUUACCUACAUUAUUCAUCAUGAACUGAAAGUCAGUGAUUUUAUUUUAUUUUUAGAUACGACCAAACACUUUUUUUAAAUUAUGGACUUUAGUUAUUUUUCUUACAAAACCUACUGGGCUUUAAAAAGCUGCUAUUUAUUUACAUAAUGUCCUAAUGUUAAAUUUCUGCAUGAUUUAUAUGUGAAAACAUAUUCUGUCCAAAUCUGAAGGCAGCUUUUUUUAUUGCCAUUUAUGUAAAGUUAAUCUCUUUGUACAGUACUAGGCCUAUAGGAUACAGUAUUGGCCUAUAGGCCGCUGUUUAACACCAAACACUGUGUGUGUAUAUGUGUGUGUAUACCUUUUUGUGUAUAGGCUGCUGUGUACUCACUUGCUCUUGACUUACUCUCAGAUGGACAACGACAAUUAAAAACCCAAAUAAACUAAGAA